CUUUCACUUGUGUCUCAACACCAGCACAUAGAUGGAUCUGUCUGCCCUCGUUACGGUAUGCCUGCUUUGCCUUUUGCUCUGCGAAGUAUGGGAAGCUUCAGCCCAGAGACAGUUAAAUUAUGGUUGCAACGAUAACUGCCGUGGUGGUUGUGUUAAUAAUUGCGGUGGUUGCAACUGUGGCAGUAUUACUUGUCCUGCCUUGUAUCCUCCAGAAAAUGGUUAUGUAGAAGGCCAGUGCAACCCAGGUAUUAGUGGUCAAUCCUGCUUUGUCCUCUGCGAUGGCGGCUAUGCAGUUUCUGGAGCGAAUUCGAGAAUCACAUGUUUGCCCAAUGGUCAAUGGAGUUCUUAUCCGCCGUACUGCAGAAGGACUAGUGGAGCCAUCUGCAACACUUUCAGCAUUCUGAAUGGAGACACCGAUUGCGUUAUUGACGGCGGUCUCACUAUUUGCAGAGUCAGUUGCAAUCCUGGAUAUAUGUUGGUGGGAUCCUCUGUUAUUACCUGCUCCCCCUCUGGCUCAUGGAAUGAACCGUUACCUUCCUGCCGACGCAGCACUCCGGAAGUCACCAAUAUAUGCCCAACGCUCAAUGCCCCAGAAGGUGGGAGGCUAGUUGGUAGCUGUACGGCAGCUAACAGUGGGGAUACCUGUCAGUUGGUGUGCAUAAGUGGAUAUAGGCCUUCAGAUACAAGAGUUCUCAUCUGUCAAACAAAUGGCCAAUGGUCCAACUCCUUGCCUAGAUGCCUCUCCAGUGGAUGUCCUGAUAUCCAAGUGCCGAAUGCAGCUCUUUCAGGAACAUGUGACCCAGGUGUGCCAGGACAGUCUUGCACUGUCACAUGUCAAGCAGGCUACACGCUUACAGGGACAUCAACUCUAGUAUGCCAGACAAAUGGACAGUGGUCAGGAAAUAUACCCACAUGCUCUAUUCGAUCAUGUCCUGGCCUCCAGCCUCCGAAUUCAGGUGGUAAUUCUGGAUCUUGCAAUCCCGGUGUUGUCGGUCAGUCGUGCAACUUCUAUUGUAAUACAGGUUACCGUCUCGUUGGACAAUCGAAUUUAGUUUGUGGAAGCAAUGGCCAAUGGUCAGGAAGUCCACCACAGUGUGCCAAUGAAGGUUGUCCAGCCAUAAAUCCACCCGUAAACGGAGGGAAUUCUGGCUCGUGUACAUCGGCCACGGUAGGUCAAAGUUGCAGUUUUACGUGUGAUGCUGGAUUUACACUGAAUGGUCAAUCUACGCUCUAUUGUCAAGCUGGUGGAAGAUGGUCCUCUGCUGCACCAACUUGCACAGCUCCAACAGGUUGCCCAGAUCUCAAUCCACCUGCAUACGGUGGCCUAUCUGGACAAUGCAGACAAGCAACUGUUGGUCAGAGCUGUUCUUUCACCUGUCAAGCUGGGUAUACUUUGGCAGGACAGGCAACGCUUUACUGUCAGGCGGGAGGUCGAUGGUCUUCUGCCGUUCCCACCUGUAAUAGGGCAACUCCAGCUGGUUGCGCCAGUUUAAUCGCUCCUAACGGUGGUUACAUGUUAGGGACAUGUGCUCCAGGCAGAGCCGGGGAGACUUGUGUUUUUGGAUGUGAUGAAGGUUUCGUUCUUAGAGGACAGAGGACUCUGACGUGUGAAUCAGGCGGACAAUGGUCAACAAACCCACCAUACUGCCAAAGAGGAGAAACUGAAAGAGGAACUUGCCCAAUUUUAACUCCCCCACCUCACGGGGAGUUCGAGGAAUGUGAUAAUACUGCAGGGGGUCGAUGCGUGGUCGUGUGCGAACAAGGCUACUUGAGGACGGGAUCUCGAGUUCGAACCUGCUUGGGGGGCGGGAUGUGGACCGGCUACGCACCGACGUGCACCAGAAAAGUUGGGUACACCACCACUUACACAUACAAACUAGUGCCACUCUGGAGCCUCGUGUUCGGAUAAGAUUUAGUUGGUGGAUUGUUGUGAUUGACGUUUCCAAAGACAAAGAAUCGGAAUCUGAUGUAAAAAUUAUCAUUAUUAAAAUCUGAAAGCUGGAAAAGAUGUUUUCGUUUGCUUUAGCCUCACCUCGAUGGUGUUCCAGUGAGGGUGUUGACGGGAAAUGAUACAACAAAUACUCUUAAGUAACUUUGCAUUCAAUGCACAAAGAAAAUAAAGGAUCUGUGGAUAUCUAAUAUACUUUUGAUCAAUCUAUAUAAAGCCGUAUGACUUCAUUGUUAAAACUUGA